AUGGUAGGAGUUGAAUUGAAAGGAGCAUUCCGUGGUGAAACACGUCGAAGCUUAAGAUCAGGUUUUGGUGUCUAUCAAUAUUCCAAUCCAUACUUUCGAUAUGAAGGAACAUGGCACGAAGGCAAAAAACAUGGUUUUGGCAAAUUAAUAUUUGCUGAUGGUUCGUAUUAUCAAGGAGAAUUUACUCAUAAUGAAAUAAUAGGACAAGGAACACGCUACUUUGCCGCAACACGUAAUACAUAUACCGGUCAUUUUUACUAUGGCGAAAUGGAUGGACAUGGAAGAUUGAGAAUGGGAAAUGAUGAUUGUUACGAAGGAGAUUUUAAAUCUAAUCAUUUUGAAGGCGAAGGUAGUUAUCUAUCACAUAAUAAACAAUUAUAUACUGGUAAUUGGCAUAAUCAUCGUCGACAUGGAUACGGAGAACAAAGCUAUGUUGAUGGAAGUCGUUACUCUGGUGAUUGGGUUGCUGAUAAACGACAUGGUUUUGGUAAAUUGAUUGAUAUUCAAGAAGGAUUUGUUAUUUAUGCAGGUAGUUGGAAAAAUGAUUUGAUGUAUGGUGAAGGAACCUAUAGUAUCGGCGAAACUUAUGCAUAUAGAAAUGGUAUGAUAGUUAAUAAUUAUCCAGUAGGUUGGCCAUUUCAACUUUGCGUUAAUGAGAAUCAAACAUCUACAAUUGAACUUACUGAAGAACCAACAGUAAUCACUGUUGAUAUUAUUAAUACUUUGGAAAAUGCUAGUCGAGUUGAAGCUGAUUGUGGACGCUUAAUUCGACUUCGGUGUGGUCAAAAAACUGAUCAACCAACAAGUGAUAGUCUGCCAACACCAUUUGGCUAUCAUGUUAAUUUGAUUCCAAGAACUAUACGAUCGUCUCCAUCUGAAGAGCAACCAGAGAUAGCAUCAAAUGAUCAAACCGAUAUCAGUGAAAGAAAACAUUUUCAAGAUUCUAUGUUAACUGCUGCAGAUACUGGUCGAGCUCAAUUUGUAGGCAUUAAUAUUGACACAUUUACAAUUAAACUCGCUAGUUCUACUGCUGCUCCUGUCUCACCAGCAUCAACACAAACAACAUCUAGUAAAAAUACUCGUCGCAAAGCAGAAAAGCCAACCAUGCCAUCGUUUGUUUUUAUCAUCGAUGAUAUCACCGAUCCAGUGCCAUUUAAUAAAUCUCUUGAUACUGUCUAUUUACCUGUCAACUUUUCUGUUACGCAUUUAGCUCAAUGA